UUUCAGACGGCUGAAAUUGUCCGUAAGCCUAUCAAGCUCAGCUUCCACCGCCACAGUUCUGAUAAAGCCGGGUAAAAGUGAAAAUGGGGAAAGAAAUGAAAGAGAGGAGCAGUAACACUCUAGCUUCACAGCCAAAACCAGCGAUUAUCUUGCCAAAAACGGUGGAACAAGCGAGGCUAACCCUGGAGAGGAUUGGGUUAGUGUCUGAUCUCAAAACACAUCGAUUUGCUGUUUCUGGCCAACCAAGCAUCAGUCGCAUUAUUCGGAGAAAAGGUGGUGGCGCCAGAGGAUUCUUUGACGGGCGGAGUUGAAAAACAUGCAUGGAAGCGCGAGAAGCUAGUGGUAAAGGAAAUUGCUUUGAGAUACUUAGAAACCUGUGGAGAAAGCUAGAGCAGGUGCAACAAGCAGCACAAGUUGAACAAGCUAAACACCCUUCUAAUGGUUGUCGAGAGGAAAAACGGUUUGAGAAGAAGUAUGUCCGGAAGAAAUGGGUGAGCAGCAAGGAGCACAUGGAACCUACAUCAACUUUUAAUCUCCAAAAAUCUUCGAGCUUAUUAAUUACUAUGGAUGAUGCACAGAGGGAACAAGGGCUAUAUAACAAUGGUGAAACUCAUUCAACAUCUGAGCAAGAAGAAGCAGCAGCAGAUGGACAAGGCCGUUGCAGUGGAAUAAAAAACAAGUUCAAGGGAGAUGAUGAUCAAGAAGAAGGAAACACCAUCUCUGAAGCUGGUUUGAACCGAGCCGUAUUGGAAUCUGAUAUUCUUGGUGAAGAGAUGAUUGCUUCCGAGUCUGAAGAAUUUCUUCCUCUUCUCGAAGAGACUGAAACAGAAGAGGAGGGUGUUGUUUCUAAUGCAUCUAGGUGCAACCAGUGGUGGAAUUUCAAAACUCGACCUCGUACGUCCAGAGGGGUAAGAAGACAUGUUCAAUGGAGCAACAAAAGGAAGAGAAACUGCAUGUCGUUUGAAGAAACACAGUGCAACCGCAAGAUCCUUAUCCUCGCUGUUGAAGCAAUUACACAUCAAUUGGAUCGCUUAGACGUUAGCAUGGAGGAGAAGAGCUCCUACAAGUAGUCCUCUUCUUUCAUAUUUUGUCAACUAGUCUACAGACUAUAUA